UGUGCCUGUCCUGCAGAUAGCAGCCAACAGUCUCUGGUAGCCUACUCUUCUCCAGUAAAACUCACGGAAUAUUUCCCUCCUGUCUGGGUGUUCAAGGGAGCCAAAGCAGUCAAGCAGGAGUUUUCCCCACAGCAGGAUCUGUGCUACAUUGUAGCUGAGGAAAUAUAUUAGGGUUUUACAAGCAAAAAAAAAAAAAUCAAGAAAAUGACACAUUUUAAUAAGGGGCCAUCCUACGGAUUAUCUGCUGAAGUUAGAAGCAAAAUUGCUCAGAAAUAUGACACACAAAAGGAGGAGGAGCUUCGUUUCUGGAUUGAGGAGGUGACAGGAAUGUCUAUUGGCGAGAACUUCCAGAAAGGCUUGAAGGAUGGAGUCAUCCUCUGCGAACUGAUCAAUAAGCUGCAACCUGGUUCGGUAAAGAAAAUCAACCUUUCCCAGCUGAACUGGCACAAGCUGGAAAACCUUGGGAAUUUCAUCAAAGCUAUCCUGGCCUUUGGCCUAAAGCCCAAUGACAUCUUUGAGGCCAAUGACCUGUUUGAAAAUGGGAACAUGACUCAAGUCCAGACCACACUGCUCGCACUGGCCAGCAUGGGAAAGACUAAAGGUAUGGACUCAAAGAUUGACAUCGGGGUGAAAUAUGCAGACAAACAGGCUCGACAUUUCGACAAUGAGAAGAUCAAGGCCGGUCAGUGUGUCAUUGGACUGCAGAUGGGGACAAACAAGUGUGCAAGUCAGGCUGGAAUGACUGCCUAUGGAACCAGAAGACAUCUGUAUGAUCCAAAGACUCAGUCUGACAAACCCUACGACCAGACCACCAUCAGCCUGCAGAUGGGAACCAACAAAGGAGCCAGCCAGGCGGGCAUGUCAGCACCCGGUACCCGCAGAGACAUCUAUGACCAGAAGGUGGUGCAGCAGCCGCUGGACAACUCCACCAUCUCCCUCCAGAUGGGCACCAACAAGGUGGCGUCUCAGCAGGGCAUGAGUGUGUACGGCCUGGGGCGGCAGGUCUACGACCCCAAGUACUGCGCCCCGCCAACGGAGCCGGUCAUCCACGCCAACGGCAGCCAGGGCACCGGCACCAACGGCUCGGAGAUCAGCGACAGUGACUAUCAGGCCGAGUUCCCGGAGGACGAGUAUCACGGAGGCUACCAUGACGACUACAGCGCCCAUUACAAUGACCAGGGCAUUGACUAUUAGCGGAGACCUCCCCCCCCCUUCCAGAUCAGUAUUACCCUAGUGUACUCUUAUCAACUACACAACAGAGCAAGUCUUUUGCUAUCCUCACUAGUCUUUUUCUUCUCUCCAAGCAUACGAUGAAUUGUUGCCUUGAGUGCUUUUCCUUCUUCACCUAGACUCUUUAAUCUGAGCAGCAAAGGGUUGUGAGAAGC